AUGUCUUUCAAGGACGACUCCUUCCCUUCCUCCGGCGCCUUCGACGCUAUUCACCAGGCCCUGACUGCCAACGAAGCAGAGCGCAAGGACGCUAUCAAGAAGGGCGCCGGUCUCUACGCUUUCACUCUGACCAACUCCUCCGGCAAGCAAGCUUCAUGGCACAUUGAUCUCAAGAAGGAAGGGAAAGUUGGAACGGGUACUGGCGAGAAGCCCGAUGUCACCCUCGUUCUUUCCGACGAUGACUUUGCCAACCUCGUCUCCGGCAAGGCUAAUCCGCAACGGCUGUUCAUGGGCGGAAAGCUCAAGAUCAAGGGAAACGUGAUGAAGGCGACUAAGCUAGAUCCUAUCCUCAAGAAAGCCCAAACAAAGGCCAAGCUUUAA